AUGCUUGCCAAACAUUCAAGGCUAUUUGAAUCAGGUGCCGAGCCAAUUAAAAGGGAAAUACUGGAAUCAUAUUUGGUUUAGACGAAAAAGUACAAUUCUAAUGAAGACUCAUAAUUAAGGGAACAAAUUGAAAAAUUAACCAAUGAAGUGGCUACCAUCAAAAAAUCAGUUAGUACCAAAUAAAACGAUAAAGCUAUUUAAUGUGUAGACAGAAAUUAUGAAUUGAUGAACUCUCUUUUGAAAUAAAAAGAUAAAUCAAUAGAACAAUAUGAGAGACAAAUCUUGAGUUUUAAGAACAUGAUCAUAUAAAUCGAUCAUUAGAAAAAGAAACUACUGAAUAAAUUAGAGGGAUAAGAUCCUAUGAAAAAUAGUCAAGUCAAUUUACUAUCUCAAUAAAGUUAGAUAUUAUUUGAUAAACAAAUGAUUUGUAAAAGUCAACAAACGGAAAUUGAUUUUGGAAUAAAUUUUAGUUAGAACUCUGUUAUUUCUUCAGUUAUUCCUCAAGAAUCAAAUUCCUAAUCAGUUUAGACUGACUCUAAGUUCUAUAAUGAGAUUAACAUGCUAACCUAGGAUGAAGUACAUAAAGAGAUAGAGCAAUACAAAAUUAUUCUAAGAGAGUAUGAUAUCGAAAACAGAAAACUAAAAAAGUAGAUCCAAUAAUUGUAGAACUCAAAGACUUAGAUUGAUUAGGAUACUCAAACAGGAGUAAUUCAACUUGACAAGGCAGUUCAAUCAGAAGAUGAUCUAAAGAGAGAACUGGAGAAGACAAUCAUGGAAUAUCAGUAAUGUUUUGAUGUUCUGAAUGUUACAAAAAAACAAUUCAAUCAACAGAUGAUGGAAUUGAACAUAUUGAAAAAACAAUAUGAUUCAAUAUUGAGUGACUAUUACUUUAUCUAAUCAGAAAACAAAUCAAAUGAAAAAACUAUUAAUUAAUUGAAUGAAGAAAUUGAAUAAUUAAAAUUGGGAAUACAAACAAAGGAAUUCAGUAUAAGUAGUGCUGACACUCUUACUUCCCCUAAUGAUUCAUUACGAAGUUAUAAGAAAAUGGGUUCUAAUUUAAAACUGAAUAUUGUCAAUCCAACAUACUUCAACCCAUAAAGCAUUGAUGAACUAAUUUUAGCCUAAUAGGAAAAUUAGUUAUUGGUUCUUAAAAUAUCGGAAUUAAAGUAACAAUUAUUAGAAUUGUAAAGGAAUCAGAAAAAUUUAAUAGAGGAAAUGAAUUAGAAGGACGAUUUAAUGAAUUCUUAGUAAUAGGAGUUGUAAAGAUAUAGGAAUGAUUGUUAAGAAUUUGAGAGAAGGAUGGUAAAUGUGAAAAGGUUGGAAGCCAAGUUGGUGGAGAAGGAGAAUUAGUAUGUGGUGGAAAUAUCUGGGUUGCAGUAGGAUAUGGCUGCAUUGAGGUAAGAAUAUGCAGGUUUGAAGAUUAUUAAUCAAACUUUGCAUAAAUAAUUGGAGAAAUAUCAGAAUAGAGGUUUGCUGUAGCAUUCAAAAUGA